CUUCAGUAGCAGUGCAAGUCUCUCUCUCUCUUUCUCUCUCUCUCACACACACACACACACACACACACACACACACAGCUAACACGAUUAAGAUCCUGCGCGCGCACAGCUGAGUUGAGCGCUGAUGAUGAAGCGCGGUCUUCACACGCUCCACCGAAGAGAUGCGAGGAAUUAUUCAUGCCGUUUUUGCCACGCCGAGCGACUUUAAAAAGACAAGUUACACUCUGAGGAAGAUUUCUUGGAUGGCUUAAAAAGUUUGUGUCGUAUCAGGCUUUUCUUCACACUAAGAUGUCAAAGUGACCAAAAAUGUCACUUUUGCUUACAAUAAUACAGAAAAAAAUGAAGUGCCAUAAACUGAAUACAUAAUUUCAGUUGUGAGAGGAAGAGAUCUUGAUUCUCAGCAAUGGAGUGUGACAAUGCGACCAAUGGGACAGAACAGCCGUACACCCUGCUAGUGGCCCUUCCUUUGAGUGUUCUGGUGGGGCUCCUCAUCCUCCUCAUCGUCUUCGGCAACGUGCUGGUGAUCAUCGCCGUGUUCACGAGCCGAGCCCUCCGGGCUCCCCAGAACCUGUUCCUGGUCUCGCUGGCCUCCGCCGACAUACUGGUGGCCACUCUGGUUAUGCCGUUCUCGCUGGCGAAUGAGCUGAUGGGCUCCUGGGUCUUUGGACAGGUGUGGUGCGAAAUCUACCUGGCCUUGGACGUCCUCUUCUGCACGGCCUCCAUCACUCACCUGUGCGCCAUCAGCCUGGACAGGUACUGGUCGAUCACGCAAGCCAUCGAGUACAACCUCAAGCGAACGCCGCAACGAAUCAAACGCAUCGUUUUUAUCGUCUGGGUCAUUGCCGCCGUGAUCUCCUUCCCGCCUCUUAUAACCAUAGAGAAGAAAGAGGGGUACAUCUGCGAUAUCAACAAAGAAAAAUGGUACAUUAUUUCCUCUUCAAUCGGGUCGUUUUUCCUGCCCUGCAUCAUCAUGGUCCUCGUGUAUGUCCGAAUCUACCAGAUCGCCAAGAAGAGAACCAGAGCGCCUCCUGGGGAUCGGAGGAAAAAGGAAGCGGGGAAGAAGGACAUCGACCCUCAUGAGAAGCUCAACGGGGAUCAGAACGUCGAUCCGAACGACAAGGGCGAGUUAAAUGGCAUGGACUUGGAGGAAUCGUCCUCCUCGGACCACAAGGUUUCCAAUCCGUGCUCCCUCAAGAAGAAGAGCUCGAAGGGAAAGACCAAGCUGAGCCAAAUCAAACCGGGGGACGUGGACAAACUCGAGGCCUGCCAGGCCGUCAAGACCAGCCGGUGGAAGGGCCGUCAGAACCGGGAAAAGCGCUUCACGUUUGUCCUGGCCGUGGUCAUCGGCGUGUUCGUCAUCUGCUGGUUCCCGUUCUUCUUCACCUACACGUUAAUGGCGUUUUGCGACUGCUGCGUUCCCCAGACGCUCUUCAAGUUCUUCUUCUGGUUCGGCUACUGCAACAGCUCCCUCAAUCCAAUUAUAUACACCAUCUUUAACAAUGACUUCCGAAGAUCCUUCAAGAAGAUCCUCUGCCGGAGAGAUAACAGGAGAAUGGUGUAAAUUGGCUUGCAUUUCCUUUAUCAAAUGUAAUACUUGUGUACUGUAAGCCAACAUGUUGUGUUUCACUAUACAACAAAGCCGAAGGGGAAAUAAAAAAGACUCACAUGCUUUGUAAAAAUGCAUGGUUAUGCAAAUACAGCACAAUAUGUGGUGGAUUCGUCCAUUUCAGAAGUGUAUUGUGUCGUUCUUGAUGUGUGGUGAAGUUUAGUAACUGUGAUAUUUGAUCAUCUGCCGACGUGGAGGGAUAUUUAUGCAUCAAGCCACGCUGAAUGUGAAAAACGAUUCAAAAAAAGUGCCAAAGGAGUCUGCAACUGCAACUACGCCACACCGUGCAUGUCGAUGUCUUCUCGCAGGGCCUGUUGAUUUCCCUGACAUGUUGUGUAAUUAAUAGUGAAGGUGUUGAUAUUGUUCGGUGGACAGAUUGUCUUUUUCCCCCACUGCCAGUAACGGUUCAUUUCAAAAUCUUGAUGUGGACUAUUAAACAAAAAGAUGUUGAGCUUGUCUGACUGGAACCUGAAAGGCCGGUGUCAAAAUAAAUUUCUUUUGCUUCUGAUGUAGAUUAUAUAUGUCACCCUUAACGAAUGGAUCUCUAGUGCCACGACACAAAUGAAUUACAGCGUUAGUUACAGACUGUGCAUCAACCAGGCUGUUGGUUUAGCUGGCCGAAUUUGUAGAGAUGCACAACAAAACAAAGUUGAAUAUUCAGGAAGAUAUCGAAUGACUCCAGGUCAAGGUGAGGUUAGACCUCUCGUGUGUUUUGUGUUUUCUUGGGAGGCAUGGAGAGACGAGAGAGCUCCAAUUGGAGUGAGAUGGAGUGAGUGUCCAGUCCAAUUGCUUUAUGAAUGUGUACAAUGGUUCAAAACAAAGGUCUUGAAAUGACAUCGACAAACUACCCGUCACUGUGCAUUAUUGCCAUAUCUGAAAACCCUAAUCGUGAUGUAUGACUCACUUCCAUUUAUUUCUGCUGUUUUCCGGUUGUCCUGGUUGUGCUCUCAACGUGUUUUACCAUUGAGAUCUAAAAAAAAAAAAAAAUGUAUUUGCACACACACUCUGACAAA